CCUGGCUUCUUGUCCUAGCCCUGUCACUUGCUUAGCUGUGAAACUUGGGAAAGUCUCCUAUCUUCUCUGAUCUCAAUUUCUUGAUUUGCAUUUUAACCUGCUAAAGGCAAGAAGGGUUUGCCACAUAGUUUCAAAGGUCUUCCACUUACUACAACCAUCAGAGAGAGCAAAAUGAUCGAAGCCAUUGGGAAUCAGUACGUUGUGGCCAGGCCAGUGUAUUCUGCAAAUGCUUUUGGGGAAGAACAUAAGAAGAAACAAAGACAUCAUAAGACGCUUCUGGAUCAUCUCAAAAAGUUGUGCGGCUGUUCUGCACAAAAGGCCAAGAAAAUUGCCUUCUCCUUGUUCCCCAUAGCAUCUUGGUUGCCAGCAUAUCGCAUAAAGGAAUGGCUCCUCAGUGACAUUGUUUCUGGAAUCAGCACAGGGCUGGUGGCUGUACUGCAAGGUUUAGCAUUUGCUCUGCUAGUCACCAUCCCCCCAGGCUAUGGGCUAUAUGCAGCCUUUUUCCCAGUCAUCAUCUACUUUUUCUUGGGCACUUCUAGACACAUAUCUGUAGGUCCAUUUCCAGUUCUGAGUAUGAUGGUGGGAGCAGUAGUUGUGAGACUAACCCCAACAGACAGUACAGCUGAUUCAGCAUUCGCUAAUAGCUCAAUGACUAAUGAUUCAUCAAUAGAUGAGCAGAAAGUGAUGGUGGCUGCAACAGUUACAAUUCUUUCUGGAAUCAUCCAGUUGCUGAUGGGGGUUCUACGGCUGGGCUUCGUGGUGAUUUAUCUCUCCGAGUCCCUUAUCAGUGGCUUUACCACCGCUGCCGCUAUUCAUGUUUUGGUUUCCCAGCUCAAAUUUAUGCUUCAGCUGACAGUCCCGGCACACACCGAUCCAUUUUCACUUUUUAAAGUCCUAGAGUCCGUAUUCUCACAAAUAGAGAAGACUAAUAUUGCAGACCUUGUGACAUCCUUGGUUAUCCUGGUGGUGGUAUUUGUGGUUAAAGAAAUAAAUCAGCGCUACAAAGCCAAGCUUCCAGUGCCCAUCCCAAUUGAACUCAUUGUGACUGUGAUCGCAACAGGUGUGUCCUAUGGCUUUGACUUCAAAAGCAGGUUUAAUGUGGCUGUGAUUGGGGAGAUGAAACCUGGGUUUCAGGCCCCUAUCACACCUAGCAGGCAGACUUUCCAAGAUACCAUUGGAGACUCCUUUGGCGUUGCCAUUGUUGGCUUUGCAGUGGCCUUUUCUGUGGCCAGCGUCUACUCCCUCAAGUAUGAUUAUCCCAUUGAUGGCAAUCAGGAGUUGAUCGCCUUGGGAGCAAGUAACAUAUUUGGUGGAUCGUUCAGAGGAUUUGCAGCAAGUACCGCUCUCUCCAGAUCAGGGGUCCAGGAGAGUACAGGAGGCAAAACUCAGAUAGCUGGCCUUAUCUCUGCUAUCAUUGUGCUGAUUGUCAUCGUUGCCAUCGGAUUUCUCUUGGAGCCUCUACAAAAGUCUGUCCUGGCAGCUUUAGCACUUGGAAACUUGAAAGGAAUGCUGAUGCAGUUUGUGGAAAUACGAAGAUUGUGGCGAAAGGAUAAGUAUGAUUGUCUAAUCUGGGUCAUGACCUUCAUCUUUGCCGUUGUCCUGGGGCUCGGUUUAGGCCUGGCAGCUAGCGUGGCAUUUCAGCUCCUGACUAUUGUCUUCAGGACUCAGUUUCCCAAAUGCAGCACGCUGGCUAAUGUUGGAAGGAGCAACAUCUAUAAGAAUAGAAAAGAUUAUUCUGAAAUAUAUGAACCAGAAGGCGUGAAGAUUUUCAGAUGUCCAUCUCCUAUCUACUUUGCAAACAUUAGUUUCUUUAAGCAGAAACUUAUCGAUGCUAUUGGCUUUCGUCCACUUCGAAUUCUUCGCAAGCGCAACAAGGCUUUGAAGAAAAUCCGAAAACUGCAGAAGAAAGGCCUGCUACAAGUAACACCAAAAGGAUUUAUAUGUACUGUUGAUGGCUUUAAAGAUUCUGAUGAAGAGCUGGACAAUGAUAAGAUUGAAGAGCUGAAUCAGCCCAUCAAUACCAAAGACCUGCCUUUCCAAAUAGACUGGAAUGCUAAUCUUCCUCUCAACAUUGUGGUCCCUAAAAUCAACCUCCACAGCCUCAUUCUUGACUUUUCAGCAGUGUCAUUUCUUGAUGUUUCUUCAAUGAGGGGUCUCAAAACGAUUCUGCAAGACUUUAUCAGGAUCCAGGUAGAUGUGUAUAUUGUUGGAACUGACGAUGACUUCAUUGAAAAGCUUACACGGUGUGAAUUUUUUGAUGAUGAAGUCAAGGACUCAAUAUUUUUCUUAACAAUCCAUGAUGCUGUUUUGCAUAUUUUGAUGAAGAAAGAUUACAGUACUUCAAAGUUUAAUCCCAGUCAGGAAGUAGAAACAAAACUUGAUGAUUUCACCAUCAAUAAAAAUGGAGGAUUACGUAAUCGGGAAUGUCAGGUACCAAUUGAAACAAAAUUCUAAACAAAACGUAAUUCAGAGAGAUCCUCAUCCAUCACAUAAAGAACUUUAUACCCAGAAAGUUACUGAUAAGUUCAUACAUUGUAUGAAGAAUAUUUCUGACAGAAAUUAUGUUUCAAACUUUGGAACGAGAUUGUUCUAGCAUGGUAUAUUUUUCACAUAUCUAGUAACCAAUUAUGUAAAUACUUUUAAUUUUCUACCUUGUAGAUUUAUCAAAAGAAAAUUAUUUUGUUUAUAAGUAUUUUUAUAGCACUGACAGAUUUCCAUCCAAGUCACUACUUUUGUGCAUAGUUUGCAGUGCAUUUGCACCAUUGCUUUGAAUCUUGUAAUUUAUAUAGUUCAUACUAAUAUAUAUUCAUUUAAAAAAAUCAA